CAAACGCAAGCCCCGCUUUCCACACAUGUGAUUUUAUCGUUUGUGAAACGACUGAAUGAUCUCGAAAUGAUGCCGGAAUUAUCGGAAAUGGUCGGGAAAAUGUGGAGCGCCGUCUUCCGCUCGACUCACGAAUCAAAAAUUGUUGAUUUUAUUCGGCAUUUGGUCCCAGUGUGUACCGGAACCUACCGGAAGCUGUUGGAAAUGAUAUUUCCAAUAAUUUAUGCAGUUUAUCAUGGAAAUCUGUGUACAAAUUGAAAUGCUACGUUCUGCUCAGUCUUGAUCGUUCAGCUUUCUUCAAAGAAGCCCGGUUACAUCCGAUUUAUAUAUUAAAAAUGAUCCCGGAUAAAUAUUUCAAAAUCCCGUUAUCGGAUUUGCUCGUACAGAUCGCCAAUGCCGAAGAUAUAGCCGAUAUUUUGGUGAAAACCACGGAUUACAAUGCGUUUUUAAUGCGGGAUGUUUUGCCGUGAUUGGCCAAGAAGGAGAAGAGUUUUAUCCCGGAUUUGUUACGGAUGUUGAAGGAGAUCAAAGGAUGUGGCGUCGGAUACGGGCCGGUGUUUUAUACCAUCCGCGUGGGGAAGAUCCCGGUGGAUGCUGGAAUGAUGCUGCGGGAGUAUAUUUGCGGGAAUGUGGAUUUGGCGGUGUUUGCCGAUGAUAUGGUGCGGGUGGAAGGCUUUGCGUUCUUCUGCGAAUACGCCGAUCCGGUUACAUAUUCCACCAACGAAGCAGCGCCCUACAACUGACGAAAGCCAUCCUGUCGUCAUCAUACAAACCCACUCUUCUAACUUCACCCUUCACAUCCACCGUCCGGCAUUCCCUCCUCCAGCAACUGUUCUGGGAAUCUUUCCCCGACAACCAACUCCUCAUCGUCGACAUCCUCUCCCUCCUCCCCUCAUCCCCCUUUCCUUCCGGGGAGUUCUCCCGGGAAAAUCUAUCCCAGAUCGCCGAUCAACAAGCCGACAGUUGUGGCUCCAACGCGGCGCGCCUCAGCGCCCACCUGGACGCGCUGCUCCACGCGGGACGCCCGGCGCCGGGGAUGGUGGAGGAGUUGUUGCGGAAAUUGGAGAAAAAUGUGGAGAGGGCGACGGAGAAGGGCGUGCAGUGGACGGCGCGGUAUGCGCCGUUGUACGGGCAGAUUGCGCGGUUGCGCAGCGCCAUGGAGCGGUGGACGGGUGCAAAGGUCACGGGGGAAUGGGUGGAGAGGGCCGUGGGGGCGUGUUGGACGGUGUCGAGGCUGGUCAACGAGGUGUUCGCCGAUCAUACGCAGGAUUUAUCCAUGGAUCGCAGUGUCUUGAUUGAAGAUGAUGCGGCUCCGACGGCGCAGAUGCUGUACGUCUGCUGUUGGCGCUGUAUCCGCGAAGUAUCUCUCUUUCUAACCGAACUCCUGACCGGGCGACUCGUCCCGUCCGCCUCCCUCUCCCGCAUCCAGGAAGUGUUUUUAUGGAGCAUCAGCCAACUGUUUAUGACCCGUCACACCGGGACGUUCGAGACGCUGGCGGAGCAGAUCCACAAAUUGUCAGUUCUUCUCGUGGAGAAACACGGGGAAGCCGGGAAAGCGGUGGUCGUGUCCAGUCUGGGUGAUAUCGUGGAGGAAGUCACCGGGGCGUGGUCGUCACCGCUCCAACCGGAAAAUACGCGCCGCAGCGCCGGUGUACCGCGGUUGUGGUGUAUUUUGUACAGAUUCGGACAACUAUGGCGAGCCGGCUGACCGCAUUCGGACUGACAUCACAUCCUUGCACACCCAGCCACGCCCUACAAGUCGUCAUUGACCAUUUGGGGGACCUUUCCACAGAGAAAAACCAACU